AUGGCCGAGCAGAAGUAUGUCGCGGUUGGCGAAGACAAGGAUGUCGCUGCCGAAGGCAGUGAUGUCGUCGACGUGGAGCAGCUUCUGCCGGCCUUGGAGUGCCGCGUCUUCGUAAAGAACCGGGCCUACUUCUUGUUUGUGACCGCGCGCGAGAAGAUGGCGGAGGUGUGGCGCAAGGCUGGGCGGGCGCUGGGUGUCCGGGCGCCCACGGACCUGGAGCUAGAGGCCCUUGGCCCUCCGCAGACAGAGGCAGUGGUGCGAGCUUUUGAGCUGUGCCGCGAGUUCUCAGGACCCUCCUUAUUCAACCACUGUAUGCGAGCCUACUACUUUGCGGCCGCUGUGCGCUGGUUCGAAGCAGGUUCGCUGGAGGGACUUGACCUUGAGCAGAUGGCUGUUGCCUUCGCCUUCCACGACUUCGGCUUAACAGCAACAAGCCGGGGAGAGAGUGAAGAGUCCAUGUACCCCUUUGAGGUACGCGGCGCCCGCAAGUGCCUCCGUUUCGCUGCAACGCAGAUGCAAUUGACCAAGCAGCAGCUCACGGUCAUUUACGAGGCCAUACGCUUGCACACUGCCCUUGGCUUCGAGAAGCCCACAGAACUUGCCGGUCUCAUCACUGUCGGUACAUGCUGUGACGUCGUGGGCUAUCGUUGUGAGGACUUGUCCAAGAAGACGAAGGAGUCCGUCCUCACAGCAUAUCCACGCCUCGAUUGGAAGAAGGUGGUGGUGAAGGCGUUCGCAGACGACGCGAAGAUGCCGAACCCGUCACCCGUCAUGAGGCGCUACCAGCGAGAGUACUUCUUCAACUUGCUUGUGCGCAUGGCUCCGUUCUCAGAGUAG